AAAACACAUCCUUGUUUCGUGUUGUGAUUUUGUGAUGUGAUAAAAACUUAUUUAUUUAAUUAUGUAUACCAUUGUUGUUUAGUUGUACUAGAUAUUUUCUGUGUCUUAUUAGAUAAAUUAGUGUAAAGAUGGACCCUUACGAAAUAGAGUUUAUAGGAGAAAACAGAAUCAGCAGUAUCAUACCAAACUUCACAUACGAUAAAAUCUAUUUGAUUUGUGGGGAAUUUGGACCUUUCCGUGCUGGUUUACCUCUUAACGUGCCACUAUGGUUAGCAAUUAUGCUAAAACAAAAACAAAAAUGCAGGAUUGUGCCACCAGAAUGGAUGGACAUUGAUGUCUUGCAAAAUAUCAAAGAAGAGGAGAAACGGUCAAGAUUCUUUACAAAAAUGCCAAAUGAACAUUACAUGGUUGAAGCGAAACUUAUUCUCGGUGUGGCUGCAGAAGAUGUACCCAAUGCAGCGGAGAUAAAGACCAUUAUUAAAGACAUUUGGGACAUUCGUAUGUCUAAGCUGAGAACAUCCAUGGAUGCGUUGAUGAAGUCGGGUGGCAGCUAUGGUCGACUGGACCACCUUACGAUGAUGGAGAUAAACUCGGUGAAACCUUUGCUGCCUUCCGCUAUGGAUGAGUUGUAUAAAAUUAAAAUGAUGACAAAACGUGCACCUACUGCAGCCAAUUUAAACAACUCAACAUUCAGCCAAUCAGGAAGCUCACAAAAUACCUAGAUUAGUUUAGAAAGUAUUUACAAGUAAUUUUUAAAGAUUGUGAUAUUUUUACAUAAUUUUAUAAUAAAAACCAG